GUGAUAACAGUUUCGUGACAGUCGACGGCUAGAGCGCGCGAACGAUACUCAAUUACCGUACCAAUAAAAUAAAAAAUCGUGACCAAAAUGGGUCGUUUUCAAAAAUACUUCAAAAAAGAGUUCCAAACGCAAAACUUUUUGUUAGAACAUGACGCUAUGGUGGACUUCUAUAUAACGCCUUGGCAACGCAAUCGCUCCAGUCUGAUUCUCUUGUUCAUAAGGAUUCUUAUUCUCAUCGGCUGUAUCGGUACUUGGGCAGCUUCUAUGGUCAUCAUGGUUCCAGAAAUUACGACUCCUCUGUGGUUUAUCUUUAUGACACAUUGGGGAGUUAUGUUCAAUACCUUGUGCUCGGGAUUUGCGGUGUUGAUAUCGGUUAUGGUGAUUGUCAAAGGCCCGACAGAUUCGAACUUUGGUCUGCCUUGGUAUGUGAAGGUAUACUGGGCACUGAUCAAUAUAAGUUUAACAAUAGCGAUCUUCAUAACACUGUUCUACUGGAUCCUGCUCGCUGGCUUCACUGACGAAUACGACUAUGGCAUGGAUCCUGUUUUGGACGUAUUCGUCCACGCAAUCAACUCCGUCUUCAUGGUGGUACUUCUGAUCUUCUCCCGCCACCCCAUGCGCAUGUUGCACUUCUACUUCCCCCUUAUAGUGGGCAUCAUCUACUUGCUGUUCACCGUCAUCUUCCACUUCGCGGGAGGAAUAAGUCCUUUCGGCGAGUCCUGGAUCUACCCCAUGCUUGACUGGGCGCAGCCCGGGCAGACCUUGCUGCUGAUGUUCGGCUCCGCCAUCAUGUUCAUCGUGCUGCACGCGCUCGUCGUCGGCAUCUCUGUCCUCAGAGACGCUGUCACCAAACGGUGGACGGACUCUACAGUCCUCAAUAUAUCUGACGACCGUUACAAUUAGUAUUAUUUAGCAAAUAAGGAAACGACUGAAAAUGUACUUAUAGAAGAAACUCUCAUAGCUAACGACGUUAGCCAUGUUGAAAGUUCAAGCACUGUACAGUGUACAAAUAUUAUAAUUAUGUUAUUUAAAUUCUAUUCUAUAGUUGAAAUAAACAGUGGUUUAAUAGACAUUACA